ACCCUCCACACCUUAAAUACUCUUAUUAUUCUUCUGCCUCCACACACACACACACACACACAACGAACAGCUCGAGAAUCAACAAUGGCGAAACUUGGCGAAGGAGAUAAACGUUGGAUCGUGGAAGAUCGUCCCGAUGGGACCAACGUCCACAACUGGCACUGGUCGGAGACCGAUUGUCUCGAUUGGUCUAGGAAUUUCCUCAGUAACCUUCUGGGCAACAAAACCCUUCUCUCCGGCGAAGGGAAUCUCUUCAUCAAGACCAAAAAGCUCGACAAGCUUGAGGGCGAGGCUUACGUUAACGUUCGCAAGGGGAAAAUCAUACCCGGGUACGAGUUGAAUUUGGUUCUAUCGUACGAGGCGGAGGCCAAAGAUUCCGACGGAAAAUCCGUUCUUUUGACCACCGAGGGUUCUGUCGAAGUGCCCUACAUCUCCGACGAGAACGCCGGCGAGGAUCCCGAGAUUAGAAUCACUAUCAAAGACGAUGGGCCGGUGGGGAAGAGGUUGAAGGAUGCGUUUAUCGCCAAGGGGAAGCCUUUUGUGUUCGAAAAAAUUAGGGAAUACGUCGAUGUAAUGUCGAAAGGUGGGCCUGCUAAGGACGAUUUGGAAGUCAAGAAAGUCUCCGUGAAGAAACCAGUUUCUGGAUCUGCCGCCGCUGCGGCGGCGGCGGCGCCGCCGCCUAAGGCUGGAGGUUCGAGUGAGAAGGAGGGUAAGAAGAAAGAGAAGAAAAAGGAAGGGUUCAAGACUAUAACAAUGACGGAGAAGUUUAGCUGUAGGGCAAAAGAUCUGUACGAGAUUCUGCUCGAUGAAAAUCGGUGGAAGGGUUUCACUCAGAGCAAUGCGAAGAUAGUUAAGGAGGUUGGCGGCGAGUUCAGUAUUUUCGACGGCUCUGUGACAGGGAAGAACAUGGAGUUGCAGGAGGGGAAGUUGAUUGUUCAGCAAUGGAGAUUCGGAAGCUGGCCCGACGGCAUUGUGUCCACGGUUCGGCUAACUUUCGAGGAGCCCAAUUCCGGGACGACAGUUGUCAAGCUUACACACACUGAUGUACCUGAGGAAGACAGAUACGGGAAUGCGACAGUGGUGGAAAACACGGAGAGGGGAUGGAGAGAUCUUAUAUUCCACAGAAUUCGCGGAGUUUUCGGUUUUGGAAUAUGAAUUAAUUACUCGUUUUUAAUCUAAUUUGUAGAACUUUGUUAUGUUUCAUUCUACUGCAAGUAUCAUGGGAUAUAAUUUGAAGUAUUUGGUCGGUCACCAAGCCCCUAGUUAUGUGGGUGCUGUUGAGUCGAUUUAAAGACUGAUGAAACUUCAGCAAAACUCGCUCGUCAUUCAUUCAUCUUUAUGUUUGAACAUUAUAUUCGAUGAGGAUUGGAAAUUUUAUUUUUGUUAUA